AUUUAGUUGGCGACCACUAAGCGUCGAGGUUGGAACUUUUUCGCAGCAAUUUGUGGCCUGCACAGGCUGCGAAAUUGUUGAGCGAAUUAAAUUUUUUCCUGAAUCGAGACUACAGUCAACUGUCAGUGAUCCGUGGUCAGUGACAAGUGAAGCAAGUACUUUUGGAAUGAAGCCUAAGAAAGGCGCAUUUGCCAACUCCCCGUCGGGUUAUGCCAAAUCGCGCAACAGUUUUCGCAAUAAUGCGGGAAAUCAGGAGGAAGCCGACGCCAAGGUGGAGGAGAAGCUCAAGGCAGACAAGGCCAAGGAGUUGCACUCGGAGAAUGAUCUGAACUCAGGUUUUGGCGAUUACCUGCGUUCGCCGGAAGCCGUGGAGAUAAUGAAGCUCUUUGUUUUCGCCAACACCAUCAUGCUGAUUGUUACAAUGGCCUGGCCGAAUUUCAAAGAGCAGUACUACAUGUUGCGAGAAUGGUUGGAGUCCUUCCAAGUGGCGCAGUAAUUUGUGUAAGACCACAAA